AUGUCGAGCGCGCUCGUCGCCCGGCUCCGCCACCUCGAGUCGCAGGUCGCCUCGCUCGAGACGACGUGCGCCGCACGUGUCGACGUCCUGGCGCGCGCGUGCGAGACGCUGCGAGAGGAGAACGAGGCGCUGCGGUUCGAGGUGGCGCGACACCGCGAGGUGGAUCAGACGCUCCUCGAGGGGCUGCUCGACGACCUCGCCCCGGUGUCCAGCCACGACCGCGUCGGCGACGACGGCGUCGACGCGGGCCGAGCGACGGCGACGGCGACGGCGCCGAGCCCCGCCGCGCCGAGCGCGCGGGCCGAGCGCCUCGGGGCGUUCCUUCACGGCUGGGACGAGGACGAAGGACGAAAGAGACCGCGGGACGAAGGAGAGAGACCGCGGGACGAACGCGCCGCGCCCUCGGUGAAGAUCGAGCCCUCUUUGGGGAGCGAGGCGCGUCUUCCGUCCGCGGCGGCGGCGGAGGCGGACGGGGAGGCGUUCGGCGGCGAGUCCGAGUCCAAAUACGUCGCCAACGAGGACGAGGACGAGGACGACGGCGCGACGUGCCAACCGGUGCCCAGGAUGUACGAGACGGCCGCGAACGGGCGACAGUUUCUCCUCUGCAAGCACGCGCUGAAGAAGGCGUGGUGCCCGGAGUGCCAGGUCGUGCCCAGGAAACCGAAGGGUCGACCGAAUCGUCGUCCGGCGGGAUCCGUGUGCGAACACGGCACGAGACGCGCGACGUGCAAGACGUGCAAGGGCGCCUCGAUCUGCGUCCACGGCAAACGAAAGACCAUCUGCAGGCUCUGCGGCGGAGGGUCCAUCUGCGUGCACGACCGAUAUCGGUAUCGCUGCGUGCUGUGCAAGGGCGGCGCGGUGUGCCGCCACAACAGGCGCAAGUACCAGUGCACGCUGUGCUUCGCCGAGCGCGCGUGCGAGCACGGGUUGGACGCGAAGGAGUGCGCGGAUUGCGUGCUGCUGAAGGUCGAGCUCGCCGAGUUCGGCUCCGAGGACACGUUCGAAGACGUUUGA